GCCAAAAGUCUUGCCCUGCUCAGUUAAAAUUGUUGAGUCUCAUCACAUACAGGGACUCCAAGUAGAGAUUAUGGUGGCAUCGAUGACCAGAACUGAUAUAGAACCCUAGUUUGUGUUAGCAUUUACAAGAUACAGAUGAACUCCGCAUACAUACAGCGACGACCAGUAUAGGAUACAUAUCGUUGAACAUCAUGCCGCCUCGUAAACCAGUGCACACCCUUCAAUCCUUCUCCAAGGAUAAAGUACUGUACAGUGUGUGUGCCAUCAUCCUGGAUGAGAUUUACUUUGGUCAGGAUGAAGACUGGGAAAUAUAUGGUCCUCCUGCCCUAUCAGUUCGACUACAAUUAGUAAGGGAUAUCCUCAAAAAUUCCCUCACACCAGGAAUUCUUGAAGACCUGCUCAACACCAUCCUUUCCCGUGACCAGGCUGUGGAAGCUACAGUUAGAUACCUUGCACUCCAGCUGCUUCUUGUGGAAGGUGUGCGAAAUUUAACCGUUGGAAAUUUUCCAGAAUCGUAUUUUGCGUUGGUGCUGGAAGCAGUGGCUAAAAGUGGUGCGGGUAUCCAGCACCUUGACCUCCGUGGGUUGUGGGUGCGAGACGAGCACAGACAUACUCUUAUUAACACACUUCGUAAGCUUUACUGUAUCAGACGGCUAACAUUACGCUACUCUUGUGACGAUGACAUGCUGGCUACGUUAGGGAAGUAUAGCGAUGGCCUGCAGAAGCUCGACGUGUCUGGAUCGCGGGAAAUCACAGAGUUUGGUCUGAAAAAAUUGUGUGACAAUCCAUCGCGCGUCGCCUGUGGUCAACUGUCUGAAACUCUUAAGAUCGUAGACCUUGGUGGACCUGGCGCUCAGGAGCUGUCUCCCCAACUUCCCAGUUAUCUGUUGCUCAGCCUUCCACACUUGGAGAGUCUCGGUUCCUACGAGCGUACGGGGGCCGCAGUAGAACUUGCCCUCAAGACCUGUCCAGACAAGCAGUUUGGACUACGAUAUAUGCACGACACGUUCACUUCCAGUAGUAGAUACCACGCGGUUGCUAAAUCCUGUACUAAAAUACAAGCCAUUUAUCUUGAUAGCCCAAAGGACACUGUUGUACAUUAUCUGGAUAUGCUUAAGAACCUAAAAGAGAUCAAAUUGCACAAAGUGAGGUGGAGUGAUAUAGAGAUCCUGCUAAAUAAAAACGGGUCACGGUUAUGUAGUUUAUUUUUGUUGGCGGUAUUUGGUCAGGUUGAUUUGUUGGACCUAGGUAAACUCUGCCCUAACUUGCAUCGCCUUGAGUGUCAUAAUGUAUCACUUGUGUGCUCUGAAGUGAAUCACACAACUGCCUUCAGUCAAAUUCGUGAACUACUUAUAUACACGAGUAAUAUAAGUACACUCUGCAUCAAGCUCCUGCUAAACCAAUGCGUGGCUGUUGAACAUCUGUGUCUGGGUGAGUGUGGCCAGCUGUCUGACGCAGCCAUUAUCAGCAGCAUGAUGGACCAUUCCCUGAAAAACGUUCGGGAAAUCUGGUUUGGCAGAGCAGAGAACCUCACCAUGCGUUCCAUAGAGGCGCUCCUGGAACACUGCCCUCACCUUACCAGUCUGGGUAACCUGGCCGCCUGGAGGGUUCAUCCCGAUGAUAUUGACCUGCUACGUGUACAGUUCCUCCUCACUAACACUGACCUCAAUUUGUACGAGUUCGGCCCACAGGAAGAGGACGAGUGGGUACCAGUGAUGGAUGUCUAAUAUUAUCAGCCUCUUAGGUUAGAUUCUUGAUUCUUAGGCAAAGAUAGCAGUGUGCUUGCUGUCCUAGGGCUGAAUGACCCUAUGUAUAUAAUAUAACAUAAAUUGCGGUGUAAAAGGGGUAGAGGGGUUCAGCAUUUGAGGCCUUGCCCAGUCAUGUGAUUCUUAAAAGUGGGUACAGUCCUCUUACCUGUCUGUUAGCUGACAGGAACAGCAAGUACCACAGUCUGCUUUCCUUCAUGCCCUCCCUCCCUUGUGAAGCAUUGUCUCGUUGCUCUCCCACUCCUGUUCCCAGACCACAGGGGUGCACAUAAAGGCUCUUGUUAGCUGGUUUUCCCCUACUUGCAAAACGAGCUCUAGUUUCAGUAAUAGUAUUUAACAAAGAUGUAUUCCUUCAGUCUUUUAUUUGUCAUACCUUUGCUCUUGUCUCUUCUACAACAGAACAUAAUAUCUCUUCAGUUUAUCCUUCCUUCUCGUCCACACAUUUGUCAGCACAUGUUAGCCUCACUAAGACUCUUAAGCUUAACCCUACCUUCCUCCAUCUUUUACAGUGGUCACAUACUUUUAACUACCUUAUUAGUCCCUUUUAGUUAAUUCCUGCUUUUCAUUUGUAUCAGUGAUUCAAUAAUUAUUACUUAUGUUUAUUUGCACUUUGAUGAUAGGAAUACCCUAAUGUGGCAUUCAUUUACUAUUAAGUUCAAUUUACUUGCAUACUUUUUAUUUACUUGAAGUCCCAGUUCACAUAUUUAUUUUGCAGCAUCACUAGUGUGAGGAACAAGCGGGCAGAAUCCCAGAAUGUUAGCUGUUGACCCUUUUCUAUAAUUUAAAACAAAAUCAAUAUGUUCACAUACGUUUAUGUGUUUUAUAAGAAAGACAAUUUGUUCUAACGGAACCAGUUCCAACACUUAGUUUUAAUAUCAGUCUUUGGUGGGCAUUGUUCAAAGACUAGUUUUGUAGUCUCAAAACAGCAUUUAUUCACAUAAAUUAUGAAUGAACCAGCAAAAUACAGUGGCUAAUUACUUGCAUAUAACUGCCAUUCUUAAAAGUUUAUAUUAAUAAAUUGUAUUAUUAUUAAAGGUUUGGGUAUUUUUGUAGUACAGUACUUGCCAUUUGCCAGUGAUUACCUAGUAUUAGUACUUCUGAGUACAUGUAAUACUACAAUAAAGGGUAUUUUCCCCCCCA